CGACCAAUCAUCGAGGUGGAAAUAAAAUAAAAAGUCCCCCAACGACAAAGGUCAGUUUCGUAAUUAAACGCAAAACUUGCAGCCUUUCUCUCUCCUCGCCGACAAAAUUCACCGACUGCUUUCCUUCUCCUCCGUCUCUAUCUCUCCGAUCACAUUCGAACGGUGACUGCUCGAUUUCAUUGGCCGUAGUUUAUUUGACCUCGAAGUGAAAAAAACUUUUGAAGUAAUCAAUGUAAUGGAAGAUAAGAGAUGAUCAGUUGCUGUGGGAGAUAAUAAUACAGUACAAAAGAUGUCAUGGAUGAAAGGUAAAUCAUCUGGUUGGACUGCCUUUGAUCUCAAGCAGAGACAGAAACAAGGUAUCGAAAGCGAGAUUGAGGAUGAUCCAUUCCCGCCUGUUUCAACUAGUGUCAAUCCACCACCCUUAGAUGUCAGAGGAAAGCUGAUCAGAAGAAACCAUGAACCUUCUGACAAGUCUUUCUCUUCAUUGCUCUUACCUCCUUCGAAGUUUCCAGCAUUGACAGAGAAUAAUAAGGAUUGCAGAAGCAAACCCAGCACUUUGACUCCAAGUCAUGAUUCUGCCUUCAUCAAGCUGAAGGAGAUGAACAGCUGGGCAGAUGAUAACUUGAUAAGGGAUAUACUGUUAUCCACUGAAGAUAAUUUUGAGAUGGCCUUUGAUUUUCUGCAAGGAAUGGUUUCUACUGAUCAUUCAGCAGGCAAAGGUAACAAUGAGGUUCCAACUAAUAGACAAUCCGAACAUAGAAUAUCCGGGAGAACUGUUACAAGUUCGGUGAAUAUGUCUGCAAGGUCUACAUAUGAGAAUGGUCACAAGUAUGAUCUGCAAGAGAAUGGUGGAAGUUCGUUUCUGGUGAAUUCAUAUGACAAUGAAAAAACACCUGAUGAUGUCUCUGAACUAGGUAGUAUCAUUCAGCGGCUUCAGUCCAUCCCUAUAGCACCUGAAUGGGAAGAAGAUGACCUCUACUUGACUCAUCGAAAGGAUGCACUGAAAAUGAUGAGGUCCGCCUCAAACCAUUCCAGAGCUGCCCAAAAUGCUUUUAUGAGAAAUGAUCAUGUUUCUGCUAAGCAGCAUUCAGAGAAGGCAAGAGAGGAUUGGUCAACAGCUGAGAAGCUAAAUGAUGAAGCAGCCAAUAAGAUCUUAGGUAUAACAAACAGGAAUAACGACAUAUGGAAGCUGGACCUGCAUGGUCUCCACGCAGCAGAAGCUGUUCAAGUGUUGCAAGAACGUUUGCAAAAAAUCGAAGGUCAGUUCACAGUGAACCGUUCAGUAUCACCAAAUAGAGGUAGGUCAAAGAACGCAGCUCUGCGAUCUCCGUCACAAGAGCCUUGUGGUAGAUUAGUUGUGGAAGGCCUGGACCGUCAUAGAGCUUCUUCCAGAGAACUAAGGAACUCAUUGCAGGUUGUAACAGGUAUUGGUAAACACAGUCGCGGACAUGCUUCACUUCCUCAAGCUGUGAAGACAUUCUUAGAAGAUAACAGGUACAGGUUCGAUGAGACAAGACCAGGUGUUAUCACAGUGCGGCCUAAAUUCAGACACAGCUGAAUAUAUGUUACUUAUAUGUAACUUCAUUGUUGUUGUAUCAUAUCACCUUAAUAACUUAUUAUUCAUCUUUGUAACAAAGCCGCUGUGGCUAAUUGUUUAGUGUGAUCAAACAGGCGGACAAGAUAGACUGUAAUGUGACUGCAGAGCAGUAAUAGUUGGAAUGAUCAAAUGUAAUAUUAUAAACAAGGGACAAAGAUUGUUUGUUUUUUUCUCUCA